UUUAUGCAAUUUUUGGUGUUUGGUUAUGUUGUUUUGUUGGAGAUUAUGUGCGUGGUUUUGUUAGCAUUAAUCGGUAUAAAAUGUACGUUGUACUUUUUAUUUUCCUUGCAGUGCUUUGAGCUUUGCUUUGAAUGUUUGCGAUGUUUGUAAUAGAUCUGUGAAGCUGAGGCUGAGUUUCAAAUUUUAGUUUUAUUCUUUGUGUUAUUUGUAUGGUUUGAAGACCUCCUGUUGUAAUGUGUAGCUUCUGUGAUGUCUGUUUACUGUCAUUUUGGUAUAUUGUGCUGAUGCAGUGGUGGAAAAGGCAGUAUGUCGGAGAAAAUGAAGUUAUAUUUGUAGCUUCAAAAUAUUUGAAUGCUGUGACUGAAUUAAGCUCCAGGAAAAUGGAAUAAAUGAAGAACCUAUUGAAACUUUAAUAGAAAAAUAUUUCUUCAGUUACUUGAUAUGAAAUAAUGUAUCAGAAUUGUUAAUGUAUACCGAGAAAUGAACACAUAGAAUUUUUGGUAGACAAGCGAAAAUGAUUGGUUUGUUGAGUUUGGCUUUUGCGUUUCUUGUUAAGAAUCUUAUUUUGAUAAUAACUUGAAUUUAAGUUUAUGGGUCAGGCAGUAGGAAGUUUUUUAUUCCCAGAGCAUUUCAUGUUAUUGCCGGAUCAAGCGGCAGCUGUUGGAAAAUAUGGUACAGCAACUCAUUGCAGCUUUGCUCCCCUGCAAUUGACGAAAGAUUUCAAUUUCCGUCACUUGAACUCUGUCAAAAUCCCCUGAAGUCUUAAACAAAAAUGUUGACUUUGACUGAUGAAUUUUAUAAUUUGUCAUUUUUUUUUCCAUUUUGCUUCAUUCACAUCGUGAUUGAAGCUCAAUGCAUUCGGUUUAACAAAGUUCUACUUGGCUUUCCUUCACUAUCGAGUGCAAACUGCUGUUUUGCAUAGUAAUACAGCCAAAAAAACUCAGAAUCAAGAGGACCAAGAAAAGAAAAGAGGAAAAUAAUGUUAUGGUAGUGUUUUCAUGAAGUAUGGAUAAGUGGUUUUUUUAGGACUAUGCAUAUAAUGGGAAUGGCAAGUCAGUGACUUGAUCUUAGUGUAUUGCGUGACUUGCAGGUAUUGCAGUUAGUCCAAGCUGUGGGCAUUGCUUUCUACUUGUUUAAAAAUCUAGAAUCAUCUUGGAGAUAACAAUGCAAGAUUUCUAGUUUCCAGUGUAAUAGUACAUUGGAUGGCAAUCUCAACAAUUAUGAAGGCAUGCUAGUUUGGUUCAACAACCUGUUAUCCCAUGAAGCAUGCAGUCAUGAAUGACGAGAAUAGAACAUCUAACUUCACCGAGCCCACUGUGCGAAUUACACGAGCACGGGCAAAGGUCUUACGCCCAUCAAAUGGAUUGCCACCAUUAUAUCCAUCAGCAAAACAGGAUGACAGACGGGUCCUGCGAGCAAACUCCAAAAGAGCAGCAUCAGAUAAUAACAAAACUGCAGCGAGUUCAGCUGCUUGUCCUCAGCAUAAGAGAAGGGCUGUUCUUAAAGAUGUAACUAAUAUCACAUGUCAGAGUUUGUACAUAAACUGCACGAAUGCAGCCGCAUGUCAGCCUAGCAAGCAGGAUAGAAAAGGCUCCUUACAGAAAAAGGGAAAGGCGGAACCUCGUUGUGUUGCUAAAAAUACUAAGGUUUCAGGGUAUAGAAGUGAAAGCAUAAUGGACGAAAGGAACAAAGUAAGGGUGAAGGAAACACAAGAAAUUAGUUCCACAACAAGCUCGGCAAUUGAACCAACUGAAUUUAUUAACGGAAAAAUAUCGGGUGAAGCAGGUCUGAUUCCUCUGAUGUCAGAUUCCAGUACACACAUUCCCCUGAUAAGUGCAUCUGAUAGAGCUGAUCAUGCAGAAGAUGGCAAGCUCUGUGUGAAACAGGAAAACUUGGAUGACCGGGGCAUAACUGAUAUAGAUUCGAAACACAAGGAUCCACAGAUGUGUAGCCUGUAUGCAGCUGAUAUAUAUUCUAACUUAUACUCAAGACAGGUUGACCGCAGGCCUUUUGCUAAUUAUAUGGAAAAACUGCAGCGAGACAUCACCCAGGGUAUGCGGGGUAUUCUGAUUGAUUGGCUUGUGGAGGUUUCUGAAGAAUAUAGGCUGGUCCCUGAUACACUAUACCUUACUGUAAAUCUUAUAGAUAGAUUCCUAUCUGAGAAUUACAUUGAGAAGCAAAAGUUGCAACUUCUUGGAGUAACCUGCAUGCUAAUUGCGUCGAAGUACGAAGAAAUUUGUGCACCUCGUGUGGAAGAAUUUUGCUUUAUCACAGACAAUACCUACACAAAAGAAGAGGUGGUGAAAAUGGAAAGUCGCGUUCUGAACUUUUUGGGUUUUCAAUUGUCUGUUCCCACCACAAAGAAGUUCCUCAGGAGGUUCAUUCAAGCAGCACAAGUUUCUUAUAAGGUUCCGUCUGUUGAGCUGGAAUUCUUGGCGAACUAUUUAGCAGAACUAACUCUAAUUGACUACAGUUUCCUGAAGUUUCUUCCUUCCCUAAUUGCUGCUUCUGCUGUAUUUUUAGCCAGAUGGACACUUGAUCAGUCCGAACAUCCAUGGAAUCCAACUCUGGAGCACUAUACAAGGUACAAGACUUCAGAGCUGAAAACUGCAGUUCGAGAAUUGCAAGACUUACAGCUGAACACAAGCGGGUGCAUGCUCAAUGCCGUUCGUGAAAAGUACAGGCAACCCAAGUUCAAGUGCGUUUCAACUCUCAGCUCACCAAAGCCUGUCCAAUCACUGUUCUGAACAUAACAGACACUCUCACUGAAUGAUCAUAUAUUUAUUUACAGCUACAAGUUACAACUGACUUUGUUGAACCCUGAAGGCACUACUGGUAGAUAACUGGACAUAACGCACGCCGUCCUCAUUCUUUAUCCAUACAUCUUGCAACCCCACACCACUGUCAGACUGUUGUAAUCAGUUCUGGUGUUCCCAGACUGUUUUUGUAACGGGAAAUUGUAAAGGCAAGAAUGAUAUGAGAUAGUUAUAAAAACAUAAAAUGCGUUUUGAGCAUUUAUUUGCUAGAAAGUAUAUGAAUUGUGUUGAGUUGGUUGACAGCAGCUAACUACUUGCUGGCUGGUAGGUUUCUAGGAUCUAGCUAUUUUAAAGUUCUACCUAUUUAACUUGCCAUUCUAUCAGUGAAGAUAAUUUAUAUAUGACAUUUGAUUCUUGAAUACACAUUCUCCUAGUUCAAUAUGUAGAACUUUGUGCAAAUGUACGUUCUCAUUCAUGCAAAUGCUUGU